AUGGACCGCCUGGCGGCCUCGAUAGUCCUGGAGCAGGGCAAGACGUUUGCCAAUGCCAAGGGCGAUGUCUUGCGCGGCCUCCAGGUUGUCGAGAUUGCUUGUGGUAUCACCACCCAGAUUCCAGGGGAGGUCGCUGCUAUCUGCCCUUUCAACUUCCCGGCCAUGAUUCCCCUCUGGUCCCUUCCCAUUGCCACCAUCACUGGAAACACAAUGGUGCUCAAGCCGUCCGAGAAGACGCCCGGCGCCUCCAUGAUCAUUGCCGAACUCUGCAGGAAAGCUGGCUUCCCUGACGGCGUCAUUAACAUCAUUCAUGGUGGCAAGCGCGCCGUCAACUUCAUCAUCGACAGUCCCACCAUCAAGGCCAUCUCCUUUGAGAUGGCUUCGGCCAAGGGCAAGAGGGUGCAGGCCAACCUCGGUGCCAAGAACCACGCAGUAAUCCUACCUGACGCCGACAAGAACCUCGCACUCAAUAGCAUCGCCGGCGCAGCCUUUGGUGCUGCUGGACAACGCUGCAUGGCUCUAAGUGCACUAGUGACUGUUUGCGGGACGGAGGAGUGGCUCGACGGUCUCGUGGAUCGUGCCAAGAACCUCCAGAUGAACGGCGGUUUCGAGCCGGGAGCAGACCUGGGGCCACUGGUGUCUCCAGAAAGCCAGAAGAGAGUAGAGGAUCUCAUUGCUAGUGCGGAGCAAGAGGGCGCGACAAUCCUCCUUGACGGGAGGGGUCAGAGACCGUCCAAGUACCCCAAUGGAAAUUUCGUUGGCCCGACAAUCAUCGCAAAUGUCAAGCCGCACAUGAAGUGUUACACCGAAGAGAUUUUCGGCCCGAUCCUCGUCUGUCUCGGCGCUGAAAACCUGGACGAAGCCAUCAAGCUCAUCAACGACAACCCAUACGGCAAUGGGGCGGCGGUUUUCACGCGGUCCGGGGGCGCAGCUGCAAAGUUCCAGAAGGGCCUCGAGGCCGGACAGCUUGGCAUCAACGUGCCUAUUCCCGUGCCCCUCCCCAUGUUCUCGUUUGCUGAUAACAAAAAGUCGAUUGCAGGAACCAGCUCCCUCAACUUUUAUGGAAAGGAUGGUCUGAGAUUCUACACACAGUAG